AUGGAUAUGCAGACAACUAACUCGCUGGUUAAAUGCCACGUUUUCCCAAUAACCUUGGGGGACAUUCCCCGAGCUUGGUUUAGGAGCCUUUCGCCUCGCAACAUCCACAACUGGGAGGAAUGCCAACGAAGAUUCCUCAAGAAAUAUAAGGCAUUGAGAAGGCAACUCCCCCCUCCAUGUCACCUCGCUACAGUAUUCCAGAGAGCAAACGAGUCCUUGAAGGACUAUAUCACUAGGUUCAGGCACAAGGUGAGCAAUGUCGAGGAUCCCUCCGAUAAAAGUGUACUGCCUGCAAUCUCCAUGGGCCUCCGCAAAGAUGGGAAGCUAUAUGAGAGCAUCUAUAGGACCCCAAUUAGGGACUUGGGGGAAUUCUACGGACAGGCUGCGAAGGAGGUCCGAUGGGAAGAGGCCUUUAGUUUGAAGAAGUCUACCGGACCAAAAGAAGAGGCCGAGGGUUCCAACUAG